AUGCACACAACUGCUUCUCCUAUUCAACACUCAACUGGUUAUCCAUCGUUUUUAUCUUAUGCACAUAAUCAUAAUCAUUUUAAUGUCUCAAUGAAUACUAAUGCAUUGCGCACGAGUCCUAAUUCGUCACAUCUACUAUCAUAUAAUAGUUAUAAUGGUGGUCUUAAUUUAACAUCUCAUUCAAAUAGUAUCAAACAAUUUCAAAGUGAUGAUGAAGAUGAUCGUCAAUCCAUAUCUCCAUCUGAUGACGAUAUAGUAAAUACGACAUUAAUACCAUUUAAAAAACGUUCUCGUACUGUACCACCUGAAGAUAAAGAUACUACUUAUUAUGAGAAACGCUCACGCAAUAAUGAUUCAGCGAAGCGUUCACGUGAUGCAAGACGAAUUAAAGAACAACUGAUUCAAGAACGUGUCCACUUUUUACAACAUGAAAAUUUUCGUUUAUCGAUGGAAAAUCAAUCUAUACGAUAUCAACUUUCGCAACUAAACAUGUUGUGCGAUAGAUCAGCGAAGCCAUGA